AAUAGAUAAAAGAAAUCUUCCUAGGAUUCAGCAAGAAAAAGAAAUAUUCUUAGGAAAACCCUAUUCUUUGAAACUUCACCGUUAGAGGGAGAGAUAUGGGGAAUACAAGCAAAGACCUUCUUCACUUGGAGCACAAGCACAACAAUCCUUCUACCUCACCCUUAGCCUUAGAGUCUACACUUCUCGUUUGUAAAAAAGACUCAUUUCCUCAACCCCAGAUACCCAUUCCUGAUGCAAAGCCCGUUACUGCCCCUGUACCCAAAAGCCAAGUUUUGGGAAAAGUUAAAGACUUCUUAGGAGUGAUAUCAGAGGCUAAUGAAAGGCUUCAAGAUGGUGCAAAGGACAAUUCUGAGAACUAUGAUAUCGAAGUGCUCACUGGAAAUGAAUCUGAAAUCAUUGAAUUGGAUUUGAUGCUUGGUAUUGCUGAUCUUCAUACCCCUGAGGCUGUUGCUGCUGCUGAAUCUGCAAUUGCUGGUUGUCACCCUGUGAUUCCAUUGGCUGCUAGCAAUAGCGGGACAGAUUCAGAAGAUAGCAGUGAUAAUGAUGAUGAUGAUGGUGAAGCAUGCCUUCCUGUGAAUCUUAAAAGAUCAAAGUCUAGCCAAGACCAUUCUUUGAGUGUAGAUGUCAAUCAAUCAGAAAAGCGUCAGAAGAUUGUUGAGCUAUCAUGAAAACUUUGUCCAGUAAAUGGAGUUGGAAUCCGGAAUGAAUGUUAUGAGAUGUAGUUGAAGGAAACAAGUAUUUAGGUAUGUGUCAAAUUAUCGUAAUGGUUGCAUCAGGAGUCGAAGACUUGACUAGGAAGGGAGCUUAGUGAAUGAUUUUGGGAAUGUUUUAGAAUUUUAUUACUGCAGUGUUGAGCGAAACAAUGGUAAAGAAAACUGAUGUGGAGAGUUUUUUUCUUAUGUAGAGUUUUAGACAAGGCAUCUAGUGAAAAAGGGGCACUAUGGGUUGUCACUUGUCUGUGUAUUGUAUAAGUUGUCUUUGAUAAUGUUCUUAAUUUGAUCAAGUAUGUAGUUAUGUUUUCAGGUAGUUUCUAAUGCUGUUACUUCCCCACUGUCCAUGUACUCGUGUAUACGUGUGAUAUAUAUAAAACAUAACAUAACAUAACAUUGCAGCUC